AUGGCCGACAGAACCUCCUUAGCCAGGUUCCAGAACCCCAAGUCAGCCCGGCGCCAGCACACCAAUCCUCACACUUUCUUGCCAUCUGCUUUAGCCAUCUGCUUCAAGAUGCUCCGGGACCUGAAGAGUUCCGACCCCCUCCACCUGAAGUACAUCAUCAAGAAAAUCAAGAACGUGGCUCACGGGGACCCCGGCCUGGUGCUGGAAAGCAUCAUGACUGCUUUACCGCUCUUCCUUUCUGCCCGCACCCGGGAGCUGGAGGAGGCCAACCGGGACGCGGCCAGCAGCUUGCUGGUGGCCAUCUGCAGGCACUGGUGGCGGCCGGUGGCCCAGCACCUGGAGACCGAGGUCCUGUCGGGCGUCUUCCCGCACCGCAGCCUCCUCGACGUGACGGGCGUCCUGACCUCUAACGAAGAGCUCUUCAAGGAGGGAGAGGAGGCUUGCUGAGAAGAGCAGCGGGCCCAGGGAGGGAGGCAUUCGGAGGCCCUGUGGUGGAGGCGGGCGAGCAGCACCGCCCUCCGCUAUGGCCGGACGGCGGACAAGGCCAGGGCCCACCUCCUCCCCUGGGUGGACAACAUCUCGUCACGGGUGAUUUUCUUCUUCCACUACCGCCCCUGGGGCGAAACCCUGAAGCAGAGCUUCCCCACGGCCAUCCUCACGCUGGUGGGGGCUGUCAGCCGCAACGAGGGCGCCCAAAGCUACGAGCUCUCCCAGGUCUCUGAGCUCUUUGAGGGUCUGAUGCUUCUGAUGGAGAAGGAGCCCCAGGACACGCUGUGCACGGUGACCCGCCAACAGGCCAUCCACAUCAUCUCCAGCCUCUGUAAGAUGAGGCCGCCCCUGGCCUUGGAGAAGAGAUCUCGGCUUCCGUCCAUCAGCCUCUGCAGCGUGCUGUCCCUGCCGCAGCUGGAAGUCCUGGAGAAACACACCUGCCUCUUUCUGGAGCCGCCCGACACACAGGUCUGGCCCCUCAGGAGGCCUCAGGCCUCCCUUCAUCCCACCGGGGCUUGGCCGCCACCUGAGCCGCUCCACGUCCCUGCACAGACCCUCUGCAACAAGACCUCGGAGGCCCUGGACCAGAUGCAGCAGAGCUUCAUCCUGCAGAACCCCACGGCCGACGAGCUGCACUUCCUGCUGUCGCACAUGUACGUCUGGCUGGCGUCAGAGAAGGCACGCGAGCGGCAGCGGGGUGUACACGGCUGCAUGGCCCUCCUCAAAUUCCUGAGCCACAACCUCUACCUGGACUGACCAAAAGAGGACUUCAAACGGACUGGGCAGCCGGUGGGCAUGCUGGGGAUUCUGUGCCAGGACCCAGACAAGGCCACCCAGUGCUCCAGCCUGGAAGGGGCGGGCCACCUCUACAAGCUCCUUAUGCGCCACAGAGCAGGGGGAGCCUCGCAGGUGCAAGCACCGUCCCCCAAGCAGCUUUCCCAGUCCGGAGCCGAUGGAGCCCCAUUCUGGAGCAGCAGGGACCAGAAGGCCGCUCCCCCCAGCCCCCGGGAGAAGGCGCUCUCGAAGUCUGCGUCUUCCAGCCCGGCAGCUCCCAAGUCAUCAAGGUCAAAGCCCCUAGAAUCCUGGGCAGACCCUCCUCGGUCCAUGGCUUGGGGGGCCCAGCAGUUCCCUGGCAACCCUUUCACCAUCCCAGUGAAAUCCCAUGUCUCUGUGACCGUCUGUAUCAACGUGCCUUGUGCCUUUUCUGAAGAGUGGAGGCGGGGAGGUGGGUGCCCAGCACAGGUGACCAUGGUGACAGCCGCCUCCAUCCCGCUGCUACAGGAGAUCAUGAAGCAUCUCACGAUGGCAGAACUGACCGACCUCACCCGGACGGCUGUCGACAGCCUGGGCUCCACCAGCCGCUUCCGCGUGCAGGCGGCCGCCGACAUGCUGCUCGCCGCCGUCCAGGAGCGCGGGGCCAAGCUGGGGACCGUGGGGGAGUGGGCGCUGAGGGCCUGCCAGGAUGGGGCAGGGGGCACCAGGCUGCUGGCCUGGGUGCUGGAGCGGCCCCCACCCACCAGGAUCAGUGACGGCGGCCCCCGGCCCACGGAGAAGACCUACCUGUGCUCCAUGGCCGACCUCAGUGCCUGCCACACGCCCCCACUGUCCAUGCACACCCUCUGCUCGAGCCUCAGCAUCUUCCUGACGUUUCUCAAACCCAGCGCACUCCCACCUCAGGACCUUUGCAGCUGCUGCGCCCUCUUCCUGGGAUGCUCUUCCCCGGGUGUGGGGGGGUGUGCAGAGGCAGGGGUCCCAGCACCCUCGGCCCACCGGCCCCACCUCCCCCAGGGACGCCUGCUCCGUGGACCGCUGCCGCACUUCGUCGACGGCUUCUUCCACAGCAGCGAGCCGGCGGUGGUGCGUGUCAUGGGCACCGUGUCGGACGUGCUGCACCCGGGCGCACGCAGCACAGAGGCCCGGAGCCUUGGCAUCGCCGUCAACGCCCGCUCCUCCAACGACGACGAGCAGGAUAGAAGCCGGGCAGCGGCCGAUUCACUGUUCGGGGAGCUGGUGGCGUCAAUGACAGGCGGAAAGCUAAGUGGCCUGAGAACCCAGGUGCACCAGAGCACGGCGGCCCUGCUCCUGCACCCGAAGGACAGCUGCCGGGCCGCCGUCACGCAGGCCAAGCUCGCCUUCCACCGCGGCUCAGCGCUGCUCCGAUGGCGGCUGCGGCACAGCCUCUCCCGCGCGCCGGCCUGGGAGGCGAGCCUCGGCUCUGGAGCUGCCUGGGAGCCCCUGGAGACCCACCUGACCUUCAGGAGGUCCUUCCUCUCCCAGCCUUGGUUUUUCCACUUGUGCAACGGGCAGACUGAGCCCCUCCGGGCAGGGAUGGGGCUGCACCGGGCUGGCACCCAGGAGACCCCAAAACCUGGACGGAGCAACAUGGCCGGUGACCCGGCCCUGAAACAGCACCACGGCAACAGCCCCUAA